GCCAUGAGACUUGUGUGCUCGAGCCUCUUCGCAUUCCCACCUCUUGCGGCUCGCUGCAAUUCAUGAGCCUUUUGACCACAAAUUCGCUGCCUCCUUGUGGUGCUUUGCCUUAUGCAACCAUCGUGAAUGUAUCCUUGCUCUGCAGCCUGAAUGCCGCGGGACUUCGUUCGUCGAGGCGGACACACCGUUCCGCCUCCUUCUGCGGGCAGUCCUCUUGUUGGAUGAGCGAGCAAUUGCGUUCACCAGCCGUCGUUUGCUAGACACACUUCGCUACGGCCGCUCAAGCACAGCUUGAUGGGACGAUCCGAUUGCAACGCGCCAGGAAUUGGCGGAUCAUGGCUUGGACCGGCCGCUACGUUGCGAGCAGGGCCGUGCUCUUUCCAGCCGACGAGGGACAGAGCGACCAUGCCCGCAUUCACCGCAUCAGGUGUGAAGGUGGUAAUGGAUGGUCGCACCGGGAUUCCUAGAUUUUGCCAAGACUCCUGGUCGUCUCGAGAGAAGAUCAAUCUAGACAGCUACAGCCAGGGCAAAGCGCAGACUGAGCAGAGCGCGCAAAGCUGACGGGGUGAAUCCGAAUGGUGGUUGGUGGGUCGGUGCGGGUAUCGCCAUAGCACGCGUCGAUGGCGCCUUGUCGGCUAGGAGCGCGCCCAAUCGCAUCGCUUGAUCAGCUUUGAUCACAGAUCUCCAGCUGAUUGAUUGCCCACGCGCAGCAUGACAACAGGCGGGGAGAGCGCAUGCACGAUGUACAGUAUGCAGCAGGGCUCGUAUGUUUGCGCUAGUCCACGCGCCAAGAAAGCUGCUGGUCAGAAGCAACUGCAAUUAAGCAGCUGCUCGAGCUCGCGCUUGCACACAUGUUCCAACCUAACAUUUCUUGUGCGCAUUGCACCAUGCAUGCCCGCAAAUAGCCUCAAUGUCCUCACCAUGAGAGGCAUCUGGCCAGACCUCGCGCGCUGACUAUGAUCAAGUCAAGAGUGUCAGCGGAGAAAAGGCGGUUUGAAGCGGAGCUCAUUUUUCGAGCCGUGCUCACGACGCGCCUGCUCCAAAUUGAUCCGCACAAACACAGACGACUCCGCCUUCCCGCCGGCUGAUGCCGCAGAGUGCCCGCAAAUGCGGCACUGAACCGUUAGUGUGAGUGCCGAUUGGUCUGGUUGGCGAGAAUACCUUCAGCAGCAAAGCAGAUGUGGACUUGACAAGCUGAUCGAAUAAUCACUGUGAAUGUCGACAUUCGUGAUUGUGAUUGUAGUCAGAGCCGUUUGCGCGCAUAUUGCCCAGUCGAUUCGGCUGAUUUGCACGCUUCCUGCUGCGCUGCUUGCGCGUGAGCAUUAUCGACGGAAGGCGACGCUGACGCAAUCGCAAGCCUAGGGCACCACAAGCAGAUGGUGAACGAAUACCUUGGGCCAACGUGCAGAGUGUUUGCGCACGACGGUGAGAGGCACUCAGGUUGACCGACCUCGCAUAUCCCACGGUUGCAAUGUGGCGGUCGAUAGAAUGUAAGCGUGGCGACACUGGUGCGCUACACAGCACUCUUGCGUCCGCCGUCAAAAGUGAUCUGUCAGAUCGCUGAACCAGCUAUCCUCCCCACAAC